AUGAAAAGUAACAAAGUUGAAAAGGAAUCAUGGAAUGACAAUCAUAAUCUCGCCCUUCUGAGAGCCAGUAUCAGCCUUCUCCUAAACCAUCGACCAGACAUCUACGCCACACCAGCUUUACGAGGUGUAUCGGAGAACGGAGGGAAUAGGAUCAACCAGAAAUUACAACAAAUGCUUAAGAAGUUGUGUGCCGCGUACCCAGGUGCAGAAGGAUUGGUAGAAGAGGAAAUCCAAUAUCUCAAAGUCAAGGAUGAAGAGUAG